AUGUUAAAUUGGGCAUUCUCUGAUUGGUGCUACCAGUCUCAGUUUACCUGUGCCAAGCCAUGCCAAGGUCCUUUAAAGUGGCAUGAGGUGGCGCCAACUUGUGGAGGAAAAGCCCAGUCUCCGAUCAACAUAGUCACCAAAAGGGCCCGCAUAGACUCUGUCCUCCAGCCUCUCACAUACAUAAGCUACCAGCAUGCCUUUCACAGUGACAUCAUCAACAAUGGCCAUUCUGUCCAAGUGAACCUGCCAGACAGUGCGAAGAUCGAGGGUGGCAACUUGGGCUCCACUUAUAAGGCCCUUCAGCUUCACUUCCACUGGGGAGCCCAUGGGGGACCUGGCUCUGAACACACCAUUGAUGGAGAGCAGUAUCCUAUGGAGAUGCAUAUAGUUCACAUCAAGCAGCAAUAUCAUUCGUUAGCUGAGGCCCUAAAAGAUCCGUCUGGAGUUGCAGUUCUUGGAUUAUUUUACCAGGAAUCCGGAAGUUCAAACGGAAAGUAUGAUUCGAUUAUAAAUGCCCUGCAGAGCAUCAAAAGUCCAGGCAUGAACACCACCCUGUAUGAUCUGUCUCUGGACUCGCUCAUCCCACCCCAUAGUAACCUGACUGCCUACUACAGAUACCAAGGCUCCUUGACAACACCACAGUGUGAUGAAGCAGUGGUUUGGACAGUGUUUGAAAACCCCAUUCCACUAAGUAAACAACAGCUAUCAGCAUUUUCCCAGCUGAGCUUUGCAGAUGGGACAAACAUGACCGACACCUUCCGUCCAGUGCAGCCUCUAAACGGGCGAGAGGUGUAUCGAUCCUCUGCUGUGACCGUGAUAUUCAACAGCCUACUUCUUCUGUGCUCGUUUUUUGCUCUGAGUUUGUCAUGCUGAAGCUCCUUGAUUGUGUGAUGGUUGUACAUGGUGUACAUAAAUGCAUGUCUCAGACUUGGUUUUUAUUUAUAAUGUAAAUGAUUGUAUUUAAAUUAUGAGAUAUUUAUUUGUAGGCCUGUGUAAAAUGAAUGAAAAGUCAAUGAAUGCCUUAAAUACCUGUACAGUCUUCAAUGAAUGAAUGAAUGAAUGCAUGCAUGAAUGGAUUUAUUUGACAAUUCUUGAUAUAAAACACAUCACAGCAAACUGAACCUACAUUCACGUAGGCUAGGCCUAAGUUUCUUCAAGAGAGCCAAUUCACACUUCUUCCAAAACACCAUGAACGCAGUUGUAUCAGAGCACCCUAUGUUGCUCUGAUCCAUAAAGGUCAUUGGCCUACCAUAGGCUACAUCUGAUAACAAGUCUGGAGCACAAAUAUUAUUGAAUUUUAUUAACUUACUGAUUAAGCUGUGAAACCAAUAAAUACUUCAAACAAGCAUGCUUGUGACACUUGUGAGAGCCUCAUAAAGCUUUUAUAGGCCU